AAAUUUAUGUGGAACCUUAUUUCAAUAAAUCCUAUCUGUUAAAGAAAGAAAAUGGUAAAUGAUUAAGAAAAAUUGCUAUCUAAAAUAACAAGUACUAAAAGCAGAAUAGAUACAUCUGCACCAUGGAGACCGUCUCAUUCACUUUCAAAAUGGAAUAAUAAAUAUGCGCAUGGUAUAAGUUUCAUUUAAUAGAAAUCUAGCUGAGGAGAACAAGAUAGUUUAUGAAAAUAACAUACUUCUAAAUAAGAUGGUUAAUAUUUAAAAAUAAGGAAAUAAAAGUAUUACAUCCAUGCCUCAAAUACCAAAAUCUUAAUAAAUGACCAAAAGAAUCUAAAUAGAAAAACUACAAUAAGAAAAUUUGGUACUCAAUGAUUAUAUUAAAGCAACUACUGGAUAGAUUGUAGACUGCUUAAGCUACAUACAAUAAAUAAUUUUGGGUACCAGAUGACUAGAGAAAUCAAGCAUAUAAAUAAUUGCAUCGACCAAGUGAUUUAUAAAUUUACUUUUAGAAAUUCAACAGCAUGAUUACAACGAGCUAGCAAGAAAACAAUUAGGAUCUAGGUCAGCUGCGAGAUUUAAUGAAAUUCCAGAUUCAUGAUAAUGGAUUUCAAAAUUGAAUUUUCC